AUGUAUCACACUACCCUCGGCGCCCACCGCCUCAUCUACCGCAGUCGCAUGACCCACUACGUGAAGACCGGCCUCAUCGACCACGCCCUCCACGUGUUCGACGAAAUGACCCAAUCAAACUGCCGCGUCUUCAGCGUCGACUACAAUCGUUUCAUCGGCGUCCUCGUCAAGCACUCCCGUUACGACCUCGCCGAGCAUUACUACUACGAGAUGGCCCCACAGGGCUUCUCCCUAACCCCCUUCACUUACUCCAGGUUCAUUUCCGGCCUGUGUAAUGUAAACAACUUUACGUUGAUCGAGAAGCUUCUAAGGGACAUGGAUAGAUUAGGUUCCGUCCCCGAUAUUUGGGCUUUUAAUAUUUACUUGAAUUUACUUUGCCAAGAAAAUAGGAUACAUUAUGCUCUGGAGGUGUUUGAUAGGAUGGCGGACAAGGGGAGGGAGCCGGAUGUUGUGUCGUAUACUAUUGUGAUUCAUGGGUUGUGUAAAGCUGGGAGGUUCGAUAAUGCGGUUGAGAUUUGGAAUGGUAUGAUUAGUAAAGGGUUUAGGCCUGAUACUAUUGCGUGCACCGCGCUUGUUGUUGGGUUGUGUGGAGGUGGGAAGGUUGAUUUGGCUUAUGACCUUGUGAUUGGCGAGAUGAAGGGUGGUGUGGAGUUUAAUAAUUUGAUUUACAACGCGCUGAUUAGUGGGUUUUGUCGAGCGAGGAGGAUUGACAAGGCGCAGGCGAUUAAGUUGUUUAUGAAGAGGAAUGGGUGCAAGCCGGAUUUGGUGACGCAUAAUGUGUUGUUGAAUUAUUGUUGUAAUGAGUUCAUGUUGGAGGAGGCGGAGAAGUUGAUGAGACAAAUGGAGAAGAUUGGGAUGAAGCUGGAUGCGUAUAGUUAUAAUGGGUUUCUUAAGGGUCUUUGUAAAGAUAAUAGACCCGAAAAGGCGUAUUUGUUUAUGAAGAACAUGAUGGAGCCUAAAGGUUUGUGUAAUGUUGUUUCAUUUAAUACCAUUAUUAUGGCGUGUUGCAAGGGAGGCCAAACUAGAAGAGCAUACAAACUGUUUCAGGAAAUGUUUCAAAAGGGAAUAUUACCGGAUGUUGUUACAUUUACUAUUCUGAUAGGAGCUUUUUUAAGAGAAGGUAGUUCAGAUGUAGCCAAGAAGCUUCUUGAUCAGAUGACAGGGAUGGAUCUGUUGCCUGAUCGUAUAUUUUACACUACAAUAAUUGAUCAUCUAUGUAAGAGUGGGAAGAUUGCAAUGGCUUGUGACAUGUUCAAUGAUAUGUUAGAGAAGGGAAUCACCGCUGAUGUGGUUUUAUAUAAUGCUCUCAUUAGCGGGCUUUGUAGGGCUUCUAGAGUUACUGAAGCCAUGCAUUUAUAUGAGGAAAUGCAGACUAGAGGAUGCUUUCCUGAUGAGGUAACUUAUAAAGUGGUAAUUGGAGGUCUUAUAAAAGACAAGAGGCUUUCUGUGGCUUGUGGGGUAUGGGAUGAGAUGAUGGAGAAAGGCUUUACUCUGGACAGAGUUCUUUCCGAGACACUGAUUAAUGCAGUCCAUUCAAAAGAUCUUGCAUGA